AUGAAGCAUUUACAGAUUACUGAGCCAGAGCAAAAAGACACUGGGAUCUUCUGCACUUACUGUAUUCACUCUCCUGUACCUGCUACUAAAUCCUGUCUGCAUUGUGAGGCUUCUCUGUGUGAUAUCCACCUGAGGUCACACAACAAGUCUGAGGAACACGUCCUAACUGAACCCACCACUUCCUGGGGUGACAGAAAAUGCUCCAAACACAAGAAGCUCCUGGAAUAUUACUGCACUGAGGAUGCUGCCUGUAUCUGUGCGUCCUGCUCCCUGGCUGGAGACCACAGGGGACACCAGGUGGAGCUGCUGAAUGAGGCUUCUGAGAAGAAGAAAGAGAAACUGAGAGAUGUUCUGCAGAAACUGAUCACAAAGAGAGAGAAGACUGAGAAAAGAGUCCAGAGUCUGCAGGAGCACAGGAGAGGGGUGCAAGAGAAAGCAGCUGGUGUAACAGGGCGACUCACUGCCCUGAUUAGGGACAUCAGGAAACAGCUGGAAGACCUAGAGAAGCGAGUCCUGAGUGACAUCACCCAGCAGCAGGAGCAGAUUUUACUCACAAUCUCUGAUCUGAUCCAGCAGCUGGAAAAAGAGAAGGACGAGCUGACCAGGAAGAUGUGUCACAUUGAGGAGCAGUGUUAAUUUUGACGGCAACUGUACAACAUGACUGACCCAUUAACUGUCCUACAAGAACAGGAAUCACACAGAGAUGACUUUUGUGGUGCUGAGAAGGGAGAUAAUGAGGUCACACAGAGAGGUGAUAAACAGGUCCCUGCUGUGUGGGAUUUGGAUAAGGGUUUGAUCUCAGUGACCUUAUACAGAGGUUUAGCUGAUAUUGUGACUGAUGUAAACAGAGGACUCUAUAUGCAGGUGACAUCAGACAUAUUACUGGACAUAAACACAGCUAAUAAUAAAGUUAUUUUAUCAGAUGACCUAAAAACGUUAUCCUGGUCAGAUAUAGACCAGCAGCGACCAGAAACACCAGAGAGAUUUACAGUUCAUCCUCAGGUAUUAAGCACCAGGAGCUUUUCCUCAGGACGACAUUACUGGGAAGUGCAGACCAGUGAAUCAGGGCACUGGUGUUUAGGGGUUUGUUAUCCCAGUAUGGGGAGGGGAGGGCGUCAGUCUGUCAUAGGAAAUAAUAAGAAGUCCUGGGGUUUAUAUAGUUAUUAUAAAGAUCUUUACGUGAGACAUAAUGAUAUAAACACCUCAAUAAACCCCCCUCUAUCAUGUGACACAGUAGGAAUACUGCUGGACUAUGAGGCUGGGCGUCUGACCUUUUAUGAGCUGUGUGACCCUAUCAGACAUUUACAAACCAUCACUGUCACCUUUACUGAGCCUCUUCAUGCUGUGAUCUGUGUAUAUGGAGCAAGGGUUAGAAUCAUGUGCUAG